AUGAACACUGGCCCUGCAAACUGGUCUGUCAGCCAUCUUGAUGACACAGUUGCGCUCUAUAUUGCCCUUCUUAAGAGCAUAUUGGAUGGAAAGAAUCCCGAUCAUAAUAGGGAGGGCUACUACCUCGCAGCGUCUGGAAAUGUGUCCUGGGAUGACAUGUACGACGCUUUCGCUGGUGCUCUCCUCAACAGUAAUGUCAUUGAUAGCCCGAAUGAUGAGCUAGCAGAUGAAUCGGCAAUCAAGGGCAUCGCAAAAGUACUGGGUUGCCCUGACUACCAUGUACCAAGCGAGUUUGGCGGAAAGUGCACCUUAACAACUAAGCAUGGUGAAAGCCUGGAUUGGAAAUCGCAGCACGAGCCAGCGCACAUCCUUCGUACAGCACAGCAAGAGGUUGAUUUUGUUUUGAAGUUUCUUUGA